AUGCCACAGAAUCCAGGUGAAGAAAUUGUUAGAUUACCUCAAAUGGAUUCAAUCAACACUCAGCUAGAACACACUGAAGAGACCAAUGUCAAUGGACCUGAAAUUGCAGAACCAAUGGAGUUAAAUGACAAUCAAGCACCACCAGCAGAAAAUCAAGACAUGGCUCAAGCACAAGAAGUAGCAGAUCCAGAACCAAACUUGGAACUAAGAAGAUCACAAAGGCAAAGAAAACCUGCCUGA